ACAUGUGUUUGUCUGUUCGUGUUUGUGUGUGUAUAAUAUUUAAAGAAAAAAAUUCAUGAUGAAAUGUUUUGGCUCAUCAAUCAAAGUAUAUCGUUGCAAAAUUAUUUUGCUCGAUGAAACCGAAUUAAUACAAGAAAUUAAGGAAUCACAAAAAGGUCAAGAUAUAUUGGAUAUUGUUUUCAAACAUCUUGAUUUACUUGAAACAGUUUAUUUUGGUUUACGUUUUAUUGAUUCAAAAGGAUUUUCGAAUUGGCUUGAACCAAAUAAAAAUGCCAUCAAACAGGUAAAAGAAAUUGAACCAAUUACAUUAUAUUUUGGUGUAAAAUUUUAUGCAUCAGAUCCAUGUAAAUUACGUGAAGAAUGUACAAGAUAUCAAUUUUUUCUACAAAUCAAACAAGAUAUACAACAAUCACGAUUACCUGUAACAAAUGAAUUAGCUGCACAAUUAUUAGCAUAUAUUAUACAAUCUGAACUAGGUGAUUAUGAUCCAAAAAUUCAUCAAUUUGGUUAUGUAUCCGAAUUCUGUUGGAUUGAAAAUCAAUCAUUAGAUUUUGAGAAUAAAGUUUGUGAUUUACAUAAAAAAUUAAUUGGACAAAUUCCAACAGCAGUUGAAAUGCAAUUUCUUGAACGAUGUAAAUGGUUAGAUCUUUAUGGUUGUGAAUUACAUUCGGUUAUGGCUGAAGAUCGAUAUGAAUAUUAUCUUGGUCUUGGACCACAUGGAAUAAUUGUAUUGAAAAAUAAAUUAAAAAUUGCCUAUUAUUAUUGGCCAAGAAUCAUAAAAAUAUGGCGUAAAGGAAAAUUUUUCAUGAUCAAAGUGAUUGAUAAAAAUAAUGUUGAUAAAACCUAUGGUUUUGAAAUGUAUGAUCGAAUAUCAACAAAUCGUAUUUAUAAAAGUUGUAAAGAUCAUAAAGAAUUUUUUAAAUUAUCACAAUCAAUACGAAUGCAGCCAAUAUUAAUGUCAAAUCAAUUAAAUGAUGGUAAUAAAUUUUCAUCAUCAUCGAAUGGAGCCAUACGAAUGAUAAAUCAAGAUUUUAAUCGUCCAAAUCCUUCAUUGAUAAGAGUUUCAAGUAGACGUUUUCGUCGUACUGGUGUACCAGAUGGUUCGGAAAAUGGUGAUUCAAAGUUAAAUAAAAAUGAACAAUUUUAUGAAGGUGGCAAUAGUAAUAAAUGUUUACAAUCAAACAUUUGUCGUUUUAAUUCAACACCAUCAAUUCCAAAAGCUGAAUAUUCAACAACGGCAAUAAAUCCAUAUUAUAAUAAUAAAUCUGAAAGUGGCCUUUUUUCAAAAUCGGCAAGUGCAUCACCAUUAUCCGUACGUAGUGCAUUUGUUGCACGUUAUGAUUAUGGCCGUAUGAAUUAUGUUUCACCAAUGAAACGUAAUUCAUCAACAACUAGUUUACGUCGUAAUCGUUCAUCAAGAUCAGCGGAUAAUGAUAGUGAAAUUAGUCGUUAUUCAUCGAAAAAUUCAACAAAAAAAUUAAUGUCUAUUCAUUCAUCAUCGAUUCAUAGAAAUGGUGUAGGUGUGGGUGGCGAUGGUGGAUGUUAUUCCGAUAUAAACAUUGGUUAUAUGCCCAGAUCGAGAAGAAAAUAUUAUGUUGAACCACAAAUGGUUGAAUGGAAUGAAACAAUGGAUAAACGUAUAAUGAAAAAUUAUUCAACAAUGCCAACAUCUAUAACAACAACGCCAAAACAAUGUUCAAAUGCAGUGGUUAAAAAUGUUAAUAAAAUUAUAUAUCAAUCAUCAAAUAAUCGUCAUUAUGAUGAUAGUGAUUCGGAAACUGAAGAUCGUCGACGAUAUAAACAACCACCACCACCACAAUCAUCAUCAUCACCACCACCAUUACAUUAUCGAAGUAAUCGUAGUUUAAAUCGUAAAUCCGCAUUACCAAGUGAAAUACAAAAAUAUAUUUUUCAUGAACCAAUCGAUACAACUGGAUAUACUGAAGCUGAAAAGAAAAAUAUUCAAUUUACAAAAAUUCGUACCGAACAACCACAACAACAACAACAAUUAUCAUCAAAAUAUCAACAACAACAACAACGUUCAUCAAAAUCGGAUGUAGAAUAUUAUCUGGGUAAUAAUCGUAUCAAUUAUAUUCGAAAACCAAAUUCGAAUCAAAUGAUGGAUGAUCACCAACAACAACAAUCUUCAUCAUCACAUUAUUAUCAUCGUCGUCAACAGCAACAAUCAUCACCUACACAUAUGAUGACCGAUAAAAUCUAUUUUGAUAAAUCAAAUAUAAUGGUAGAAACAGAUGGUAGUGGUGGUUGUAAUAUUCAAUCCAAUAUGAUGACCAUUACAUCACCACCACCUACACGUUAUUAUUUUAAUCAAAAAAAUCUAAUACAGAAUGGUCAUCAUCAUCAUCAACAACAACAAAACAUGCAUCAAUCAUUACCAUCAUCAACAACAACGGCGUCACCACGAGUUACAUUUUUACCAACACAUUCGACUGCUUAUUAUUCCAAUAAUGAUGAUCACAAAAUGGCAACAGCAGCAACAACAUCGACAUCGACAUCGACCCAGCCAAAUAAAAAACCUGUAAUCUGUAAAUGA